CACACAAAUGCACAGAGUGUUACACCAAGAUAUAUGUACACACACAGACACACAGAUGCCUCCUGGAAGAAGACGAAGGGCAGUGUCCUGAAAUGAAGCACACUGUGUGUCUGUGUAAGAAAACAAGCAGAGCUUGUGAAAAAGGAGGGGCAGCUGGGAGCCUUCUCAGGCCGUGCUUUUCAUGCGCAUUGUUAGUGGAGUUCCGUGUCCCUGCCAUCUCCCUGUGGCUUCCAGUUCUCAGCAUCAAGAGCCGGCACCAGAGCUGGUUGUCAUAGGAAAAGGGUUGUCGAAAGGAGAGCAUUGCUUCCAAGGGAAGACUGAAGGUUGCCUUCCAACACUGUUCACCAAAAGUGUACAGGAGGCAAUUGACAACUAUACCUUUGUUUCAGUUUCAUCACUCUCAUCUAGCAGGCAAACCACACCCACAGACUUGAAUAAUUCUUGGUCAGGGAUACGGAGUUGCACCACUGGUCCAUCUACGGAAAGAAGCUCUGUUUACUCCUGGAGAGAUGAUGAGUUUGAUAAAGUUAACACUCAGAGAGUGCAUCAGUUGUUCUGGGAUGUGGAUGAAAUGUUGUUUGAAGGAAAAGUGAGUUCACAGACAGAGAAUCUAAAGGCAGAAUGCGAAGAUUGGACCACCAGAUCACUUCACUUAAGGAUCUUGGGAAGACAGCUACUUUUCCCAAAGGAUGAGGGUUUUCAGCAUUAUCAGAGCAGAAAUCCCAGCUCCCUAUACUCCAGAUCCUUACCUAGCCUGAGUGAAAUCACCAGCAAUAUGAAAGAGUUAUGCAUCUCAGGAUCUAAAUUGGUUCCUGCUACUUUUCCAUUGCACAAAGCAUUCAGCUCUGAAUUACCAGGAAUUUCUUUAUCCGAAUCAUCUAUAUAUUCAUUUUUGGAAGAAGAAAUCUAUGAUGCAGAAGGCAAGAUUGAAGAGUACCUUGCAUUCGACAAGGAGCUAGAUGAUGAGAGUUUGGAGCAAAAGAGUUCUUACCUUGCCCAAAAGAGGAUUAAACAUGGCAUUCCUCCAGUGUCCCCCAAUGCUUGUAUCAGAGACACUGUGGCUGCUGAAGUGUUUGAUCAUGUUUGGAAAAAUGUAAUUCGGGUACUGGAAGAAUUAAUAAGGAAACACUGGGAAUCAUCUGUUAUAGAUGAGCCUUACAAGCAAAUGGAGAAAAUGAAAGCUCCUGGAAAUAGGUUACCCCAUCUGCCAGUUUCUCGUGUUGCAGUGGAUACACCAAGUGUGCCCCCAUCAAGAGGGUCGGAGGCUCGAGGCGUGUCUCUUGGCUUGCAUUUUGUCCCAUUCCAGAUUCAUCGUUUUCCCAGCAGUUUGCGUAGCAAUUUAAAUGGUGUCAUGACAAUUCAAGCUAAACCCCUUCAACAGAGGCAUUCAGGGCUGCCAGAGAAGAUACAGAAUGAACAGGAAGAGAAAUCACCAGGUGUAAGUUCCAGCAUUAACUUGGCACGAAAUCGCCUGGGGCGAAUCACUGACAGCAGUGUUUUCUCUUCAUCUCGAGUAUUGCCUGGGUCUAGGAAAACAGUGGGCCAUCGCAGGCUACCUUCCAUAGCUACAGACCAACUACGCUCAAAGACCCCAAAUGUUUACAGUGAUGAAGUCCUUAGGGGGAGAAAACUGUGCACUGCCCAGGAUCGCUCAUCCUCUCCACUUCCAACCAUGCCCCGGAACAAGUUGCCACCAAUAGGUUCCGACAGUGUUGAUCAAUAUCUUUCAGUUCCCGCAUCCCGGCACAGAGGAAGGCAUCCGCACAAUAGGAUAUCCAGCGCAGUACCUCAUGGUAUGGAACGGUGGCCACUCAAAGAGAGAACAGUCACAACAGACCAGUUUUCAAGACCAAAUACUACUCACACAUUUCGGUCAGACACGCCGCAGAAACGAUCAUUGACUUCUGUGGAUUUUGCUAACAACCUGUGGAUGGGCCCAGGGAUAUUGACAGGUUCACAAUUCCACAUCAAAUCAUUCCAGAGAAAUAAUACAUCUAUCUCUAGGAGAAGAUUUCAAGUUGCUUCAUAAUGCUGCACAGAAGGCAAAACCUAAAAACAAAAUUAUGAUUUAUACAUGAUGGGAAGCCACAGCACUCCACCUCUCAUCAGAUGACAUAACAGUAUUGAAGUUAGUGGCUAAGUGUUCUGUUUCUCUGUACAUGGCCUGCUUGAGUUGUUUUCACCGGAGACUUGUUGGAAAGAAGGAUUGUCAUUAAGGAUAUCAAAGCUGUACAUCUAAAAUGUAGAGUAAGAAUUAGUGCCAUUUCUUUUAUAAAGAUAUCUAUUCGGUUCAGUAGGAAAAUCCCAUCCUGAUUCUCUUCAUUGUGUUCAGAUGACAACUGGAGUUAAGCCAAAUUGCCAAAAGCUGUAUCCAUUUGUUUUGUGAUGAAUGGAGGACCUUCCUCAAACAGUUAAGAAAAUUGAAUGUCUCCCCCUGCUUCUAAACCAAGUUUAGGACACAACGAAACCACUGUAUAAGAGUCUCAAAGGGCUCAUUAUUGUAGCAUUAUCUAUGCAAUCUGAGAACUAAUCCAUAAGACUGCAAGAUUUUGGGAGUUACAAUGCUCCUUUGUAGAUAUUUAAAGAGCCUUUAGAUAAGGCAGGAGUGGAGAACUAUGGGCCCACCAACAAGUUUGGAGUACAAUUCCCAUAACCCCUUAAAAUUGAUCAUGGUUGUUGGGAUUGAUGGGAAUUGUAAGUCAAAACAUUUUGAGAGCCAAAUAUUCCCCACCAUGAGCUAAGCUUUUAUCUUUUUCCUGGAGAGAAGCAUCCCUGAGGUUGGUCAGAGAGCUCUCUUGUUCCUAAAGCUUCUGGAGCAUAGAACCUUUGGAAAGUUUCACUCACAUCUUGCCAGGGUCCAGUACUUGCGCUGAAGUAUAGAUGACAUUUUAGAGAGUACUUAAAUUUACAGGGGGGAAAAUUACACCACAUUUUGACACAAAUGAUUUCAACUCAGCUGCUCUGAAGACUGCCGUCUAUCUUUGGAGUUCAUGCUAGAAAUGAGGAGAUGUUCCACACUACAUUACAUUUUGUGAAAAGUUUCAUGGAUCAAAUACAUCUCCCAUUAUGCCCUACUGGUUUUGUAGCUUAACCUGGACUGUGUCAUAAUUUUGGACUGGGAUGUGACCAAUUUUGUUGUCACUCCCCUUCUCCCAUUACUUGUCAUCAGUGUGUACAAAUAGAGAGUGUGUUUAUGAAACAUUAUGACUUAAUCAAUGCAAAUAUUCACUACUGUGCCUACAUAUGUUUGGAGAAACCUGGAAUGUGGAGAGGUCUGAACCAAUGGGGGGAGGGGAUGAAAGCAGAGCAGAUCUCAAAUGGUGCCAUUUUGUAAACAAGAACUUCAAAAUUGGGGUAUGAGAGGUGCAUAAAGUUUCCAUGGUACAUGUCUGCAAAAUAUUCCUGCCUAGAGAUGGGCAUGAAUUGAGAAAAUGGCAAUUCAUUUCAGUUUGUGAUUCAACAAGGUCAACGAAUAAUGAAUAACAAAUUAACGAUUUUUUCUGAUGAUUUUGCAAAUUGAUUUAUUGAUUUGUUUUGCAUUUAAAGCCCAAUGAAAUGUCCACCGAGAGACACCAAAAUUGCAGAGAAACUUUCCCUGAGUUGUCUACAGGCCCUGUAUAUUUGGUGAAGUUUGAGUUUUGGACAUCCAAGGUAUACAUCCACAAAAAGCACCCCCCUGGAAAGUUCUCCCCAAGCACUGGGAGACACCAGAAUCAAAUAGAAGCUUCCCCUGACUCCUCUACAAACCCUCCAAAUCUGGUGAAAAUUGAGGUUUGGACACCUGAGUUAUAUGGCCACAAAGUUAACCCCCCCCCCCAGGAAACUCCCCUUUAGCAGCUGACUUGGAGGAAAUCCAGUCUUCACCAAACUUAGAGGAGAGCCAGGGAAAACCUCUCUGCUAUUUUGGUGUCCCUAGGUGCCUGGGGAGCUGUUUUAUAGCCUAAUGAAUCAACAAAUCAAAAAUUGUUAAAAAUUAAUGUGUUCAUAU